GCAAAGCGGAGAGUUUGAUCAACACGGGUGAGGACUCAAUGAAGCACCGCGUGCAAACGGGCUCGACCGCAGACCCGGGGUCGUUGCUCUCUCGGCCGAGCACGGGGUGCACCCCAGAGAACAUGGCGAGUAUCCCAUGUGAAAAUAGAGCGUGCUGCCCAUCUUCCCAGACUUGCUGUCAUGCUGACCUUGCAUGAUAUUCAGAAGGUCUCUGCUUUCAUCCUCGGGGCAAGGAUCAUUCUGCCAUCAGAGCCAUAUACUCAAAUCAGGAAGUUGAGAGAGAUCCUGGAUUCGCAUUAAUGCGGCUGCGCGAGCUAUCAAACAUAAACAUAAACAGGCACGAGUUGACGCACGCUGCGGAUUUAGAAAGAGCGUCAUGCUCAUCAUGCGCAACAGCCAUAGCCAAAAUAAGCCCUCGACUUUCUAUAUGGAGCAGCGCAGCCCAAAAAUGGGUCCUCGCUGGGUAAGUACAAUUUUUUCCAACAGCAUACCGAGCCCGAGAUCCUCCUCUAAAGUGUCCCCGACAGAGAGCGCCGGGACAGAAAACGGAAACGCAGAACAGCACAACCUGCAGACUCUGGCCGAGACAAGCGAGAAAGACUCUGCAAGUGAGCGGCAUUGGGUGUCCACCUCUUCAGCAAACGAGGACGGAGCAGCAAUGUCUGGGAACAAAGGAGAGGC